UGCUGCUGCCCGGUGCAUGCCGUUCGCUUCAUUACAUUAGCCCUUGUUUCUCUGUACAUCUUGUAUCCCCUUGCCAGUCCUCCGAUCACGACGUCCACGACAAAAGAGUCCUCAAAUCUUGGAUGCGACCCGCGGGCUGUCACUCCCCUCCCGACCCGCCCAGGGCUCACUCUACAAGUCAAAAUGACCGAUAAUAAGCGUGUGGCCAAGGACAUCAUGUCCGGGCUGCUACUAGCUGCUACCACAAUAUCCGUAUACUUCAUCUUCCGUGACUACGUCGCCCCCCACGUCGCAAAGCUCAUCGAUCCCGACCGUGCUAAGCACGAUCAAAACAGGCUGAAAGCUCAACAAAAUCUGGCCAGGAUACAAAAGUCACGAGACAAAUCCAAGGUUGCCAACGACGAGUUCGCCGACGAUGAGGUCCCCGGAGACUCACCCUCCAGCGUGCGGGUUGAGGACCUCGUUCUCAACGAGUACGAGAGCCAGGUAGCGCUGGAAGUAGUUGCGCCCGAGGACAUCCCGGUUGGGUUCGACGAUAUCGGCGGUCUGGACGAGAUUAUCGAGGAGGUCAGGGAAGCUAUCAUUUACCCGCUCACGAUGCCGCAGCUCUAUUCGCAUGGCGGCACGCUACUGUCCGCGCCUUCGGGCGUCUUGCUAUAUGGCCCUCCUGGUUGCGGAAAGACUAUGCUGGCGAAAGCUGUGGCGCACGAGAGCGGCGCCUCGUUUAUCAAUCUGCAUAUCUCGACUCUUACAGAAAAGUGGUACGGCGACUCUAACAAGCUUGUUCGCGCAGUGUUCUCGCUUGCGCUAAAGCUGCAGCCGGCCAUCAUCUUCAUUGAUGAGAUCGAUGCCGUCUUGGGAACAAGGAGAAGCGGAGAGCAUGAGGCUAGCGGCAUGGUCAAAGCCGAGUUCAUGACUCUCUGGGAUGGUCUUACCUCUACCAACUCUCUCGGCCAACCCGCCAGAAUUAUGGUCCUUGGCGCAACCAACCGCAUCAACGACAUUGACGACGCCAUUCUCCGCAGAAUGCCCAAGAAGUUCCCCGUCCCGCUUCCAGGCAAGGACCAGCGCCGGCGUAUCCUUGAGCUCGUCCUCGCCGAUACAAAGCGCGACCCCGGAUUUGAUCUGGAGUACAUUGCUAUGGUAACGGAAGGCAUGUCUGGAAGCGAGCUCAAAGAGGCCUGCCGUGAUGCGGCCAUGGUUCCCAUGAGGGAGGCUAUCCGGAACCAAAAGGCCGCAGGAAAGUCGAUAAAGAAGCUGGAUCCCAAUACGGUGCGUGGUUUGCGCACGAAUGAUUUUUUUGGUCGCAAGGGUGGCGCGCCCAGUUUGGCGGCGGACAGCCGUCCCAGUUCCAUCAGGCCAGAGGCGGCCAUGAGCACGAGGGAGAUCUAUGAAGUCGAGACCGAGACCGAGGACAUUUUGUCUUAAUGUUUGGUUGUGGGCAGUACCCCCGAGAAAUGGGAACUAAAGAAGAAACACAGUGCCAGCCAAGCAGGCAGCAUUAUUGCGGGAUCAAAGGACAGCGAAGAAACUUUGGAAAGUAUCACGAGCGUCAUACGAUCAUUGCCAAAGACUUGCUAGGGCAUUUGUUCUGACCAGGUAGAGGAAUUGGAACAGUACACACUCCGAAACAGGAGGCGGAGGCGCAGUUUAUCAAACCCAUAGAACGCACCGUUUACUGGUAGCCUUACUUUGGUAUCUCCAGCUUAUCUUGGUUUCUGGAAGUCUUA